AUGGACUAUUCCAGCCUUCGUGCCGCAGCCUUGCGGGACGGAGAAGACGAAGAGGCAGUCACCGUCGAUACCCGCGCUCUGAUAGACAAGGUCCUCGCCAGGUAUUCUGGCGAAUGGACCACCCUCCGAGAACUUAUCCAAAAUGCCGCCGACGCCCAGGCCACGACCGUCAUUGUGAAAUGGGAGACCAUCCCUUCCAUCCAAGUCCCCCUACCGAACACGACGAAUCGAUCCGAACUGCUAAAACAUGCCAUAGCGAACCAUACUUUACGGCGCCUGGUCGUGCAAAAUGAUGGCCAGCCGUUUACAAAAACAGACUGGGGUCGGUUGAAGAGGAUUGCAGAGGGCAACCCCGACGAAACCAAGAUCGGAGCAUUCGGCGUCGGAUUCUACAGCGUAUUUGCUGACUGCGAAGAGCCCUUUGUGAGCUCCGGAAGCGAAGCCAUGGCGUUCUACUGGAAGGGCAACUCUCUCUUCACGAAAAAGUCUCAACUGCCCGAGGACAAGGCUAGCAGGAAUACUGCCUUUGUAUUGGAUUACAGGAACACAACGACCCCAUUGCCGAACCUCCUCUCAGUUGGUCAGUUUCUUGCCACGAGCCUGACCUUUGUGGCCCUGCAAAAUAUUGAGUUUUGGAUUGACGAUUAUCAAAUAUUAUCCUUGAAGAAGAAAUCCUCUCCUCCUGCAGACCUGUCUUUGCCUCGAGACCUGGAAGCGAGGACGAAAGAAGGCCUCAUGAAGGUCAUUGGUGUUGACAGGACCAGAACUCAAAUAGAUGCCUCAUACAUGAGUGUUAUCGGGUGGAAACCACAAACCACGGCGUCAAAUGCAAAAAAUCCAGAUUCAUACAGCUCAAGCGAAGCGCCAUCUCUUCGAUCCUUUUUUGCACGGCUAACCGCAACUGCCUCACAGGCCGGAUUGCGCUCCAAGGCGCAGAGCGAGGAUAAUCUGGUGCAGCCACAAAUUGCCGAGGAUGUGACCAAGCCGAAUACAUCUACAAUAUUCUUGAGCGCCACUUCCGCCUCCAUACGAACCAAUGUGUCGUCUUCUUUUGCUUCUGAACUCGAGAGAGCCACCAAGAAGCUUCCGCCGAAGACAACAAAGAUCUCCGUCCUGACGGCGUCAUAUGACGAAGCUGGGGCGUCUGGGAGCUCCGCUACUGAUGCCGCCCUUCUAAAGGCUACAGAUGUCUUCGCUUCCGUUCUGCCGAAUAAGAAGCCCGGGGGCCGUAUUUUUAUUGGAUUUCCAACCAUGCAGACAACCGGUGCUGGGAUGCAUGUCUCGGCACCAUCAGUCAUUCCGACCGUGGAACGAGAAGCCAUUGAUCUUAACGCAAGAUGGGUCAGGACCUGGAACGUGGAGCUCCUUCGAGCAGCUGGAAUUGUGACCAGAUUGGCAUUUUCCAAUGAAAUGAACGAUUUGAGUCGCAGGAUGCAAACAGCUGUCGAAAAUGGCAAGAAAAUUUCCGACACCAUCAUCUCCAAGUUUAUGCCAGAGGCCCUCCACACUCUGAAAACGUUCACAUUCAGUGACUCGACACCUAGCAAUCAGGUCGGUCAGAUAAUGGAAGAAGCCUUUUGGACAUGUUUCAAUAAGGCGUCCAUUGAAAUGUUCUCCAGCCAAGGUGUGCUACAGACCACACAUGUUCGCCUCGGAUCGGAUGAGCUCAAUGGUUUUGUGGAGAGCAUUCCUGUUAUCCCCGAAGAGAUGAAGAGCUCCCCGUUUGUUAAGAAAUUGAUAGACUUUGGCCUCAUAUCUCACAUUACGGUCACUGAUGUCAAGAAGGAGCUUGAAGCAAAGGCGCUGAGCAAAUCUCAAAUGAUCAAAUUCAUCUCCUGGGCAGGAAAGAAGAGUUUGAGCGGCGAGCUCGACCCUGGCAGUAGAGCCGCAUUGCUCGAGGUUGCUGUUGCGACGAUGGGUGACGGAGAAUCCCAAGGCGGCAUUGUCGCACUUGGCAGCAUCACAAACUACUUGAGUCUAAGCAUCAUUCCGGCGCAUAUGCCAAUACCACCAACAACUGUUCCGUUCUCUCUCACGACCAACUCUCACCAUUCUGAACUUCAGGCUCUGGGUUGGGAACCACUAGAGGUCCUGCCUUGGUUCCGCUAUUUACUAGAAACGACGAACCAUAGACCAGACGAGGAGAGCGUGACGAAAUCUUCAAAGUUCGCUGUACAGGUGCUCAUUAUUCUUGCCAAGAACUGGGAUACAAUCGCCAACAAGGAUAAGACGGCCCUGGCCUCGCUGGUUCAAAGCCAUGCGGUAAUGCCUACCAAGCUGGGUUUGAAACGACCCGGGGAAUCAUUCUUUCCGUCUGUCAAGUUAUUUGAUGACCUGCCCAUUAUCCAAGGAUGUGAAAAGGUCAAGGAUAAAUUCUUGGUAGCUGUUGGUGUGCGAAAGACAGUAGACCUGGAAACUAUUUUUACACGACUACUGACCCAUUCUGGCGACAGCAGUCAGAAGAAAUGGAGUCAUAUGGAGCUUAUCAAGUACCUGGCUUCUGUACAGAAUGAUAUCCCUUCUGAUGAUCUCAAGAAAUUGACAGAAACAAGAUUCUGCCCUGCCGAAGCGGGGCCCAAAGGAAUGGAAUCAACAGAGGCAUCAAAGUCACUGUACAAAGUGUCUGAGCUCUUUGAGCCCAAAGACUCACUUCGUGUUCUCAGACUUCCCAUUCUGCAGUGGCCAGGCCCUCCUGGUAGCUUUCGUGCUAGCAGUCCUGAGGCGAGAUUCUUGACUGUGCUUGGAUUGCGGGCGUUUCCCUCCGUACCAGAACUUGUGGAAAUGAUGGCAGCCAAAGAUGAUGCAUUGCGCAACUCGGCCAUGACCUAUUUUAUUGCAAAUCACCACAUUAACCGGUACGGAGUGUUUGAUAUGAGCGAGGCCCGCAAGCCUAUUCUCCCCUUGCAAGGCAGUACACAGCUUGUAGCACCUUCAGCAUGUUUUACGAACGAGAGAGCCGCGGUUCUUGGUUUCCACAUCCUUAGAAGGGACCUUCAUGACCACGCAAAUAAAUUCGGUGUUGCCCGUGAUCCUCCAAUGGUCGAUUGCGUCAACCGUCUCCUAGCCAGUCCGCCCAAAGACCAGCAAUCGGCCACCACCUUGUUUGGCUACUUUGCCUCUCGGAUUAGCGAAGUCCGCGAAAAUAGCCUAGCCAAGCUCAGAAAUUCUCCUAUUGUGCCAGUCUCGAGGCCAAGCAUGGUUGGGUCAUCCACGACGUCUAGCGAGAAGGUAUCCUACAUCAACCCAUCUCGGGCAUAUUUGGGAAAGUCUGUAACAUAUGGCGAUAUUUUUGACUUUGUCGACUUUGGCCAGGAAGCGAACUCGUUCCUGUUUCACUGUGGAGCAAAGAGCGAGCCUACCAAGCUUGAAGUUGCACAUAUGACAUGCACUGAACCUGCGAGGCUACUCAGCGUGCUGCAAAGCCCAGAGAGAUACAUGGAUCUCCUCAAAUCUCUUGCCGAAGCAUCGUCCACUCUUCAUCGCGACAAGGAGCUGUGGCGCAAACUAAGGAUGGCCCCUUGUCUGCUGGCGUAUAAGGAAAUAGCGCCGGCAAACAAAGGCGAUUUGAUAGACCUGGACGAGGAUGAAACACCAAUCAAGCAAUAUCAGCUGGCCUCGGCCAGUCAAAUUGUAGUCGUGGACGAUAUUAUCAGCUACCGGCUGUUCAAGGAAUACUUAGUUUGCGCCCCAGAAGAGGACGCCCUGGAAACAUUUUAUCUCCAACUAGGCGCUGAGAAGCUUAGCAGUAUCGUCCAGGAAGAUGUACGGAUUGGCCCACAUACGGCUAAGCUGAAAAAGGCAGAACAACUUCGGAAGCAUGUUGUGGAGAGAUCAAAAAUCUUUCUCUACGAGUACGCAAGCUAUCGACGCGAUGCUGUCAAGCACGACGCCAAGUGGCUCGAGAAGAACUUUCGUGUAGAGAUGGUUCGCUCCGUAGCUCUGCGCCGCACAUUGAAAGGGCAUCGACAAUCACAUACAGAGAAACGUUCCGCGGCUGGUGCCUAUGAGGAUCGAGCCUGGGUCUUGUACGUCGCCGAUGACAAUCAGCCAGAUAUGUACCAAGUAGGGCAGGCCGUCUGCCAAAUGCUCCUGAACCGGCCGAACCAACAAGCCUACCUAUUCUUUGAACCAUUCCUUACAUUGGACCUUUUUGGUCUCCGGGCACGUGGUUACAAUGUGGACCGUAUCCUCCGUGCUAAAGCUGCCGAGGCAAGGAUAGCGGAAGAGGAGAGACGGAAAGCACUACAAGAAGAGCAGAAGAGGAUCCAAGAAAGGGAGCAGGAUUGGGCCCAACAGGGGAAAGCAACCGACGAUAGCAAGAUUCGCGAACUCCCAAGCGCAGCCGAGGCAGCCAGGCAAGUUGCUCGCACUCCAGAACAGCCGGCCAAACCGAUUAUGCCGGGUGCAUGGGGCUCACCGGAUGAUUCUGCGACGGACAACUCACAGCAGUCAAGGAAGGGGGGUGGUCUGUUUUCCAGCCUCAGUCGCAAGCUAGGAUUUGACAGCCAAGAUGGAAGUAAGGAUGAAGCCAAGAACCAGCUGGAACAAUUUAUAGAGAACAACACCACGCAAAACGGGGCUAUUUCAUCCACUGGACCGCAGCAAGAUGAUGCCAGACGCCCCCAACAAGAUGAUGGGCGGGUCACUAGUCCUGCUGUAGUGCAGCAAAAUCUCCUCAACGCCGUCAAAGCGACUCGAGCCCACGGAUCUGACCAUGUCUUCUCGGAGCCCAAGGUCAACCAGGUCAAGGAACAAGCCACAUAUUGCGAUAAAGCUCCGGCUCAAAACAUCACGUUUGCGGCAGAGUCUUCUAAUGGAAUGAAGGUAUAUGUAGCAAAGUCUAUGCAAGGCGACGCAGCAACCUUCUUGUCGGCCAACACCGGCCCAAUCAAUUCCUUCGCGUCGCUGCUAGUCGAGAUUGGUGGCAUCUACUCGGUGUCGCCCAAGGUUUUGCACAUAUUCUACGACGAAUCAGGGGGGACUAUUGCAUUUAAUACGGGCGGCAGCAUAUUCUGUAACUUUCGGUUCUUUCUACAAUUGCAUGCUGCACAGGUCCAGAGUGGAAGCGGCAAAGCUGAAGCUGCUACCUGGUGGUGGGUUGUGCUGGCUCACGAGUUGGCUCACAACCUUGUGUCGCCACACAAUUCGGAUCACAGCUACUAUACGGAGUCAUUUAUCCAGCAAUACAUGGCAAAGAUGGUUGCCAAGGUCACGCAAAUGGCUGGCACCGGACCACCCCCCGCCGUGCCACCACACCUUCCCCGACUACCGGCUCACGCCGCUUCUGCUCAAUCCGAAAUGCCGCCGCCGCCGCCAUAUUCGCUCAAUUCAAACAGGCGGGAUAAUAUGUUUGGUUGA